AUGACGGACAAACCAAGCGAAGCAGAUGUUUUCGCCAUCCCAGACUUUUGGAAGACGUCAAGGUGGCUCGAUCAAUUGGCCAGCGAGACGUCCACCUCACUUUUUGGCCACGGGCUUGAGGCACUAUACAAUGUCAAGUCUACCUUGUUACCGUUGGAACCGAUCGCACUCGAUACUGAUGGCUUCUUCAAGCUACCAGAAGUUGGCGAACCUCGCACGGAUGACCCAGACGAGCUCCAAGAUUCGGACGUAACAGCCUCGACCUUUCAAGAGCAUCAAGAGUUUGAGGACAAGAGCGACAUAUGGACCGGCUCUUCCGAACAGCAGCCAAGGCCGGCUGCCUUCAGAACAUGGGAGACAUUCAAAACGGGAAAGCUACAGCCAUUUGUGCCCAUGCUUCUAUCUGAAGCCGGACGAGGCGCAUACGAUGCCCUUUUAAGCUGGCCAACGGACUCGUUAACUUUACAGAAUACGAGCACACCGGCUGUUGAGACUAGGGCCUAUUUUAUAUCUGUGCUGGCCUUGUGCCUUGGCCGGGAAUCCGUCUUUUUCGCAAGAACUACUGGAGAUUGGACUUUCAAGUGCACGCUUCCAGAGUUACGAGUGUCUGGGUACAGCCGACAGGUACUUCAAGGCGUAGAAAGGCAAGCCGCAAUGUGCGGCUCCGCAUUCUUACGGCUCAGCUCAUUUUGUCAAUCGUCAUACGCUCCAUCUUCGAGCCGCUGUGCUGUAGCACUAGCCAGCGCCAUGAACCAAAUCCUACAAGCCGUAGAGCAUCGAGUCUCCGUGGACGGCCGAUUUCCCGAAUCGUUGCUACAACUUCAGACCACGAUUAGAGAAGCAUCUACCAUUCUCCGUCCCCUAGACGAUCUCGCAGCGCGAAUACCUCGGGAUCUUCCAGAUGAAGAGAUCUUGUCGCUCGUUUUUCGGGAGGCAUCCACGUUUGAAUUCAGUGAAAGGUAUAUCAGGGAUAUGCUUUGCGAAAUAUUGCAGCGGAUAUCAAAUCCUUGGGUCGAGUCAAUUGAAGAAUGGCUUGGCACACGGCGUGAGGUGGGCAUGCCAUUUGCAAGGUCCAACAUUGGGGAGACCAAGGGAUUCGUCACAGUCGAUGUCGAAGUCUUUAUUGACGAUUUCGGAAGAGAAGUUGAGGACAUUGACUUUCGGUUGGAUAUUGGCAAAGUCCCGCAAUUUUUGCCUUUCGAUAUUGCGGAGUCCAUAUUCGAGACUGGCAGAAACCUACGGUUUAUUCGAACAUUCCACCCAGAUCACGUUCUGGCCCGAUCCGACGUUAUCAUAUCGAACCAACCGCCCGCUGCGAGAUGGCUAUACGACUGGGCUUCUAUUUUGGAUCUUGAGGAUCGUAUCGCCCAGUAUCAAGAUCGCAUACUGAAUGCUAUUCAGGAAAGCCGUUCCGCCACAGCACAUGCUGCUGUUCACUCCAAUCUUGGAGUAGAUGAGCCCGCCUCUGAACUCGAGUUGAACUUUUUCGGCUUUGAUAAAUCGACCAUGGAGCAGCGGCUGGUUGCGUCGAUGGAUCACCUCAGCCAGCCGUUUAUAGCGAGUUCAAGCAAUGAUUCGCUAAGUCUCAUUGUGCGAGCAAAGUUCUCUAGCGAAAUUGAAGACGACAGUACAGCUUCUGAUGACACACCACACUGGUCUCUGUUGCCGAUUCUGUCAUUUGGUGGCAUUGCGGCUGCCCAAGCUCGAAUUGUAAAUCGAGAAAGCCUGCGCUUGCUAUUUGAAGCCAAUAAUAUUCAACUUCACCUCAAACUCCAGCGAGACUUCCACCUACUCGGAAAUGGCCUGUUUUGUAGUCGGCUAUCCCACGCUUUGUUUGAUCCCGAUCUCGAGACAACUGAAAGGCAGGCUGGUGUAGCGAUGCAAGGAGGCGUGAUGGGCCUCCGACUGGGAGGGCGCGAUACAUGGCCGCCAGGAAGCUCCGAACUUCGCCUUGCCCUGAUGGGAGUACUUGGCGAGGCUUAUGAUUAUCAGGGGGGUACGAAGGCGUCAGGAUCGAUCAAUAGUGAUUCAGGUGCUUCCCCCCUACCUGGAGACCUGAGCUUUGCCGUCCGAGACUUGUCCGAGGAAGAAAUCAACAAGUGUAUGAACCCCGACGCAUUGGAAGCUCUCGAUUUCCUGCGACUCUCGUACACCACACCUCCCGAGCUUGCGUCGAUAAUUACACCAUUCCAGCUCAUGCACUACGACCGCAUUUUCAAGCUUCUCCUCAGGAUUCUGAGGAUGCUGUACAUCGUAAAUCACCUGUAUCGGGACACCAACUCACGACUUAACACAUGGGUCGAAGAGAAUACGUCAUAUCGAUUCGUCAGAGAGUCGCAGCAUUUCGUAUCCAGCGUCGCGUCGUACUUCCUAGACAGUGGUGUUUCGAUACCGUGGCAAUCAUUCGAGAGCAAGCUGAACAACAUUCGUGCUCAUCUUGGCAAACCCGAUCUAGCCCCAGACAAAUCCGCGUACAGUCCUAGCCAGCUACGGGACAUGCAUUCACAAGUGUUGGAGCGGAUUAUGUACGCCCUAUUUUUAAGGAAGCGUCAAUUACCCGUGCUUAAGCUCCUGGAGGAAAUAUUUGGCAUUGUCUUGCAAUACGCAAAGCAGUCAAGGUUACAGGCACUUGGCAGGGAGGGCGAAUCUGCGGAAUUGGGCAAUUCGGCUCAUAUGUAUGCUGAAUUCCGGAAGAAGGUUCAAGUGUUUAUUACGGUUUGCCGUGGCCUGUCGGAAAAGGCAAGGGCAUCUAGCAAGAAGACGGCAGAUGGCACAUCGUUUGAAGACACUGGCUUCGGCGAUGAUAGCUUGAUUGCACAGCUCUCCAAGAUGGCGCGACCGAGUGCAGCUGCGCGUAAUCUUUCAUUGAUGGAAGAGCUGGAGAAGCUCGAGCAAUCCAUCACUCUGACUCUGCAAGAAAUUGAUCACAAUUUCAGCAAAGCCCACCGAAUCGUCACAACGAGCAUAAUACCAGUAGUAGAGCAGUAUGGCGAGCACUCUCGCGCCGUGUGGGAAGCAUCCAAGGUGGGCAUCCAACGACAGGGGGACACACGACGGGCCACAGAACCAAUCUGGGUGCUAACCUUUGCGCAGUUUUGGAAGCAAUUCUUCGAAGCGUCCGCCAAUGUCUCGCUGUCCGGCUACGAGGAGCUUGCCAACGACGACGAAUCGACAGUCAUGGAGGACAGCACGGCAAUGAGGGACGAGACGUCGGCCGACUACACACAAACACACGACCACGACAUGACGGCAACACCCGGCGCACGAGACAGCACAAUGCACGGAGACGAGUCGCUUCUGGACGACGCUGAACUUUCGGGUAGUACCCCGCGUCCCCCAGCGACCGAGAUGAUAAAAGCAGGAGUUUCGGGCCACUCAUCACCGUUUGACAAGACGAAGCGCGAAAUCAAGGGCGACAAGGACGGGACUACGGUGUUGCAGGACGACGAGGACUCCACGGUGCUUUUCGCCCAGCGGACGGCUCAGCUGCCAGAUCUCACAAUGACGCCCAGAGGUGAGCGCGAGAAUCUCGCAGCCAGACAACAAGCAUCGGCGAGACAGACCAAGGACCCGCUGCUACACCGCGUGUUGGACAAGAAUUACAGGGUGCAAGCUACACCGCACCGGCCGGGCAUCAAAGUAUCUCCCCUGAAGAAGGAAAAGGAAAAGGAAAAAGCGGCUUGGCAAUACGACGAUUCCAUCAUGUCAUCGCCCGAAAUUGCGGCGCCAACGUUGCGCAGCGAAGUCUUCAUGUCGCCAUACAAGCUGAUGGCGCGACAACGCGCGGCAGCUCAAGCCCCGAGGACCCCCGGCGUCAGCGUCCAGACGCCGGCGACGGCAAAGAAGUCGCACGACGUUUUUGCUUCGGCGAGGGGGGAUGAAGGGGCUGGCGGUGCAGCAGCAGCAGGCGAGGCGAGGCGUGGCAGACCAAAGUACGAAAUCGACUGGGAUAGCGACGAGGACGGAGACGAUGACCUGUACGCGGGCAUGAGCCCACCCAAGACGAUUCAGUUUGUGCUGCCGCCGUCCAAGUUGCUGCAAACGCCAGCUCGGGAGGCGAGCCGGAGGAUCGUGGAUGACAUAUUGAUGGAUGCCGGUGCAGACAUGGAGUCGUCCGAGUACAGUCCGACAAUGGUCAAGAUGAAUGAGGAUAUACUGAAUGACAGUUUCUAG